AUGGGUUCGUCUUGGUCGUGGCCGGUGGGAUUGUACCUGGAGAAUGGGUUGGUGUCCGGCGGCGGCGGCGGGGACAGCCUCACACACGAGGCGGCGGUGAAGCUGCAGAAAGUGUACAAGAGCUUUCGCACCAGGAGGAAGCUGGCCGACUGCGCGGUGGUUAUCGAGCAGAGCUGGUGGAAGCUCUUGGAUUUUGCGGAGCUCAAGCACAGCUCGAUAUCCUUUUUCCAGCUUCACAAGAACGAGACCGCCGUCUCCAGGUGGUCCAGAGCAAGAACCAGGGCUGCCAAGGUGGGGAAAGGCUUGUCGGAAAACGGCAAGGCUCAGAAACUGGCCUUGCAGCAUUGGCUUGAAGCUAUUGAUCCGAGGCAUCGUUACGGCCACAAUCUGCAUUUCUAUUAUGUGAAAUGGUUGAAUUCCCAAAGCAAAGAGCCCUUCUUCUACUGGCUAGACAUUGGGGAAGGGAAAGAGGUUAAUCUUGUCGAAAAAUGCUCUCGUUUCAAGCUUCAACAACAAUGCAUCAAGUAUCUUGGUCCCAUGGAAAGAAAGCCUUAUGAGGUGGCAGUCGAAGACAGGAAGCUAAUUUACAAGGAAACGGGGGAGCUUUUGAACACGGUCGACGAGCCGAAGGGUUGUAAGUGGAUUUUUGUCCUGAGCACCUCAAGGACAUUGUAUGUUGGGAAAAAGAAAAAGGGCUCGUUUCAACACUCGAGUUUUUUGGCCGGAGGAGCUACACUGGCCGCCGGGAGAAUCGUAGCUGAAAAUGGCAUUUUGAAGGCAGUUUGGCCUCACAGUGGCCAUUACCGGCCAACGCCCGAAAAUUUCCAGGAUUUUUUAUCAUUUAUUAGGGACAACAAUGUCGAUCUCACCAAUGUUAAGCUCGACUCGACCGACGAGGAAGAUUCAUCCGCCGGGAAACACGUGAGAAGCAACUCAUCCAGUGACGACUUGUUGGAAAAAGAGCGCCCAGUUGUAGAAAACAUAGGGUUCAAUCCCAACAAAGUUGACUUGGUACAAGAAGAAAAAGAGAGGGCCAAACGCGUCCUAACCAAGCUCAAGUCGCUCAUUAUACCAAGCAACGAAGACUUGAUUGGUCGGUUUAGGGCUGAAAGUGAAAUAACCGAACCCAUCACGGGAACAUCACUCCCAGAGUCGCCCUCGGACGAAAAUUUUGAGGCAAAAGAGACGCCUUCGGUUUCGGUAGUACAAGAGGAGACUAUUCCGGAAGAACACAUUUUGGAAAGAAUAAACUCCCACAAAAAAAUGGAGUCGUUCCAAUUGGGAAAGCAGUUGACUUGCAAGUGGAGCACGGGAGCUGGGCCUAGGAUCGGGUGCGUGAGAGAUUACCCGUCGGGCUUGCAAUGUCAUGCGUUGGAGCAAGUGAACUUAUCUCCGAGAAGCAAACGUCGUUUGAGAUUUGAAUUUCCCUCCCGUUCGUCGACCCCAACCGGUAGUAGUAACCUUUCACGAUGUGUAGGAGGUGGUAUUCACAGGGAAUGA